AUGUCGACCAAGAUGCCUUACGAAGCACCAUGUUUACAGUCUUCACUGAGCAGUCAACUUUUCGCCCAACCAUCUGCCUUGGUGGUGCCGAGCGAUUCUGACUCUAACGAUUCGCAGAAAAAGUUGAAAAUUGGUGUCGUUUUGUCGGGAGGCCAGGCACCUGGAGGGCACAAUGUCAUUUCUGGAAUUUUUGAUUACUUGCAGGAGCGUGCUAAAGGCAGCGUAUUGUACGGUUUCAGGGGAGGUCCAGCUGGAAUCAUGAAGGGCAAGUAUGUGGAACUUACACCAAAAUAUAUUUACCCGUACAGAAACCAGGGUGGUUUUGAUAUGAUAUGUAGUGGAAGAGAUAAGAUUGAAACUCCAGAGCAGGUGACUUUGUUUUCUUUCUUCGCAGUUUCAUGUUAA